CUGCUUUACUCUGCUCUACUCUACUCUGCUCCACUCUGCUCUACUCUACUCUGCUCCACUCUGCUCUACUCUAUUUAGAUCCCUUGGAGUAUAAAUGCGAAUGAUAUUAAACAAACAUUUCAACAAAAUAUUCAUAUUCAAGUACCAAAUGAAACUGAACUACCACAAUGUAUACAUAUCUUAAUGGAUGUAAAAACAGGUAAAACGUUAGGUACUGCUUAUGCUGAAUUAAUCAUUCGUGAUCAAGAAAACUUGAAAUCUAUAUUGGCUAAUCUUUGCUUUGCCUCUGUACAAGGUAGACGUAUUCGUUUCAUCCAUAGUUCUUAUGAUGAACUCUGUAAUGAUCUCUUUUCUUCUUGGGCUGGUGAAUUUAAAAAUGGUAUAGCUAUUCCCUUUUCAUUAGAUACCAUGAAUGAGCAACAAAGGAAUUCUCAAUUCUUUAUUGGUCAAAAGGAUUUACAAAAUUUAUUAAAUGUUUGUAGAAAUUAUAAGAUGUGUUAUAAUCGUAAAUGUGCUGAAAGAUCAUUUGAAUAUCUGAUUUCUAUUAUUAUGAAUAUUCCAUGGAAACAACCAAAGGCUGUAACUAGAAUACAAAGAGACAUUAUAUAUGAAUGUUAUAAACUUGUUGCAGAGGCCUUACGUGGUCAUGUAAAUCGAAAAUUUCAUCCAUUUGAGGACUAUCUGUUGCCGCGUUUAGUACGAGCAGCUAUAUUAUGUGAUGGUUUUACUGUUAAACAGAAGAAUGGUAUCUUGAAUAAUGCCAAUUUAUCUUGUCCUAAAGACUUGGAAGUUUAUUUACAAGAACCCAUUAUUUUAAAUGAUGUUGAAUUCAAAACUUUAAUUCGUUAAUAUUUAUUUAUUUUUAUAUAUUAUGGAACAAUGGCUUAAAUUAGAAGAAUACACAUGUAUUACUCAAAUCAAUAAAUUCUUUAUUCAUAUCAGUUGUUAUCAUAUUGAAAAAAAAAAAAA